AUGAAAAAACGUUCAUUGAUGAUGGCAGGGUGUAUUCUUGUUGCAUGUCAAUUAUCUCUGAUGCUUACUCAUCAAUAUUUUGGAUCUCAAGUUAAAAAAAGCGUUAUGUCUAAUUUAACUUCAUUAAUGAUACCAUUCGAACAUAUGACUCGAAAUUCGACAUUCUGCUGCUCGGAUGUUACACUUCAAGAGCGAUAUAAGUUGGAAUUUCAACAACUUGAACAUUAUCGUUUAGGUCAAUCUUAUAAACAACCAACAAUACAUAGACAUUCAAAACAAUGGAAAUGGCCCUUUAUUGAUAUUUUUUUUUAUACGGAUAAUUCUACACAUAUUGAAUCGGAUAUCUCUAUCGAAAAAGAUAUUAUAUUUCCACUAAUAUUACGUCCAAUAGCUACUCUUUGGUUACCUGGACCACGUAAUGUGCAUAUGUUUAUUAAAAAGAUAUCAGAAUAUUAUUAUUCAGAUUUAGCAUUUGAUGAUAAGUGUUAUUUACAAAAAUAUUCACAUCGAGAUGAAAAAGAAAAAUAUAAACAGAAAACUGUGAAUUGUACACAAUUACGUAAUGUUUAUCCAUAUAUUCGACGAAUUUGUGAUAAUGAUUAUUGUGAUGAAUAUUUUAUGUUAAAUGACGUAACAACAUUAUAUGUUCUGAAAAUGGCUAAAGAUAAAUAA